AUGACGGAGGCCGAGAAGAUAAAUGUGGAGAAGCCCGACUUCGACGCGUACAAUGAGAAGCUGGGAAGCAUUUCCGAAUCGAUUGACCAAGUGAAGAAGAAAAUUGAAAACCUGCAGAAGGAAAUAAAAGUGGCCAACAAGGGCAAGGAGGAGUUCAACAAGAAGAAGAAGGACAUCGUGACGAGGAUCGAUGGAGUGCAGCAGGAAAUAGACAAGCUGGAAAAUGAAAGGAGAAAAAUAUUAGACGAAAUGGAUAAGAAGCAAAAGCAUAAGAAGGAACUGAAGGUGAAUGCACAGAACAUGAAAAAGCAAAUAGGUUUCCACAACGAAGAAGACAUAGAGAAAAAAAUAAAAGAAAUAGAAAAUAAGCUAAUGACCUCAACUAUCUCCAUUAAGGAGGAAAAGCUGCUCAUUAAUCAGAUCCAAGCACUGAACAAGAAUAAGCCACUACUUUCCUCUUACAGUAAAAUGGAAAAUGAAGCUAGCAAGUAUGACGACGAAUCCAUUGUCCCACUGAAAAGUCGCAUGGAUUCUAUCCGAGAACAAAUUAACAAACUGAGGAAUGAAAAAAAGAAUGAAAGGAAUAAACUGAAGGAGUUGCAAAAUAGCUACCAAGAGAAAAAUAGCAAACUGAACGAACUAAAUAACCUAAGAGACAGCUACUCCAAAAAAAUGAACAGCUAUUUUAUCGAGAGAAGGAACCUAACCGUUGAGAUGGAGGAGAAAAGGCAGCAGUAUAGAAGUUACAAAAUGAACAUACUGCAAGCCAAGCAACAGAAGUUGAAGGAGGACAGGGAAAGGAAAAACCUCGAGAUCGAAAAGCAAUCUCUGGAAAAGGAACUCGAAGAUAUAGACCUGUUACCUUACAGGGAGGAGCUAGCUUUAAUAGAAAAUAUGCUCGUUUAUUUAAAAAAAAUACAAGAAGAAACAAAAUUGGAGGAGGCAAAGAAGCAGCAAAGCAACGCCUCCACAAAGAAAGUCAAUGGGGAUGUAAACGACACAGAAACAAACAAACAACAAACAGAUGAUGCACCCGAGAAAGGCAAAAAUGAAGGAAAGAAAACCAAAGGCGGCAAAAAGGACAAGCAUAAAAUGUUCAAACUGGACAUGAACAUUCUCUGUUACUUCGUCACUGCGGGGAUAAAUCCUCCCGUCAGUUUUGAUGAGGUGGAUUCUUGCAUUUCCAAGUUGGUAGAGAAGAAGGAGUUUUAUGAGAGCAAGCGGGAGGAGAGCGUCAAGAAUGUGGAAAACAGGAGGGCAGACUUGACGGGCAAGAUUAAGGAAAUCGAGGACAAAUUGACGGCCUUCAAACCCAGCGAACAGGAGAAAGCCCCGAAACCCAACAAGGCCAAGGCCUGA